AUGUUGCUUGGGCAAGCCAAUAAGCAGAUUGAGGAAGCAAAGCAGUUUGCUGAGAUGACCCAAACGUUGAAUUCUUAUUCUAAUGACCUGAGUAACAAGCUUGAGAGUCUGACCUCUAAGGUCAAGUACAUGGAGAGCAACAUUGAUUCCACUUCCGCUCCUACGCCAAACCAACUUCCUGGACCAGCUAUUCAAAACCCAAAGGAGUUUACAGCUAAAGCGAUUCACUUCUAUGAAGAAGUUGUCACUGAGGAAAGUGAGGUUCAAGGUGGGGAGGAUUCAUCACUAGUUGAAGCCCAAAGUGAAGUUGCUGAGAAGUUGGGGUAUGAACAUUUUAAGCCCUGCAAUCUCUAUAUUGGCCUAGCAGAUGGAUCAAAGAGGGAUGUGCUUGGAUUAAUUGAAAAUUUUCCAGUCAAGAUAGGGGAGGCUAGGAUUCCAACUGAUUUUGUGAUCAUGAACAUGGAUCAAGAGCCAGAAGAUCCUCUCAUCUUGGGGAGACCAUUCUUAGCCACAGCUGGGGCUGUAAUUGAUGUUAAGAUGGGAACCAUCAAGCUCCACCUUGCUAAAGACUUCACUAUGAAGUUUGACAUCAAGAAUUCAACAUAUCAACCUACUAUUGAAGGUCAGCACUUUGUGGUAGAGAGAAAAGCUAGUUCUGAAGUUUUUGAGGAUGGAGAGGACCCUAGGAUUAAAGGUUCAGCCCAAGCCAAGACUGUCCAAGAGCUCAAGGAAUCAGUUCAAGUGUUAGCUGGUUUAGUGAAGGAACUUCAAGGAAGAAAGGGGGUCUAA